CCAUCAUCCCCGUCCACGCCGCCGUCUCACUCCCUCCGAAGCGUCUCUGCCAGCCGUGCUGCUCUAACUUCGCCACGCGCCGAGCUCUGAGCGCAUCGAGCCGUGCUUCCGCCUCGCGCCCUCGCCUCGCGCCCGGCCCGCCGCGCCCGUCGCCCGCCAUGGACGUCUCCUCGCUAUCGCAGCACGGCGAGUCGCCUCUCUCGCCGCCCUCGCAUGCGCCCGACGAUGUCGACGACGACUCCAGCACACGCGAUGUGCUGCGUGACGACUAUCACUCUGGCGAGACGCACGAGCAGUCGCACGAGCACCAGCACGGGCACAGCGGCGAGCUGGAGCACGACGAGUCCUACACGCAGGACGUCGACAUGCACGGUCUGAAUGAGGCGCAUCAGCAGCAUGAGCAGCACGACCAGCGUCUCACAGACGAGGCGGCACACAACCUCGUCACCGAGGUCAUCCUGGCGCGGCUGGCCGAGACGAAUGCGCAGGCACAAGCGCAGCAGCAGCAGGCCGCCAUGCAGCAGGGCGACGACGGCAACGGAGGCGAGGCCUCGACGUCUGCACCUGCGCCGCCUCCUCGGCAGAAGCGAGCGCGCACCAGCACGGCAAAGAUCACGCGUCAUCGGCCCAUCACUUCGUGCCUGCAGUGCCGUGCACGCAAGGCAAAGUGCGAUCGUGCGCGUCCGCGAUGCGGUGGAUGUCCGGCAGACAGUCCGUGCACGUACGUCGAUGCGGACAUGCCUACCGAGGCGGUGGUGAGCUCGAUUCAGAACAUCCGGAAGGCGGAAGAGGAAGACGAGGCGCGCCGUGCUGAGGCAAAACGCGCCCGCCUGCGUGGCAGCAUCUCGCACGUGCCAGAUCACCACAACAGCAACGCCUACGAUGCCUCCGCCUCUACGUCCUCAGCACGUCACGCUCUCGUCGAGCGCACCUACGCCCUCGGCAAGCGCAAGGACCUCGACUUCGACGUUCGCGUGAGAGCAUCUCGCGCUGCGGGCGUCGGCGCCAUUCUCUUCUCGUGCAUGCCUACCGCACGCAUGUCUUCGUCGCACGGCUUUGUCCUGCCUGGCGACUUGCAGCCUCUGCAUUUGCCGCAGCCCGACGACGUAGGCCCAUUGCUCGAUGCGUAUCGAGCACACGUCGAGCCCCUCUGCAACGCCGUAGUGAUCGAUCUCAACCGUCCUCGCAUCCGCGCCUUCCUGCGCUGGUGGCACUCCGAUCCCGACAGUCUGCCUGCAGACCCGCCGCUCGUGCCGCUCGUCCUCGUGGUGCUGGCGCUGUCGGUGCAGUCGAUCCGUACCGCAGGCAAGGGAGGCGAGCCGGAGGUGGAUCGCUUCCAUGGAUGCGAUGUGGAGAAGCGUCUGCUGGAGACGGCCGGUCGUUGCAUCGACAACCUGCAGAUCGCAUGCCCCAGCAACUGGUCCAGCGCCUUCAGUGCGCCUCUCGACUUGGUGCGCGCCAGCAUGCUACGUGGUCUCUGGCAUCUCGGCGAGCUGCAUCUGCAGUUUGCCACGUCUUGCUUUGCUGCCACACUGCGCCUGGCACAUGCUGCCGGCCUGCAUCGCGAUCCGAAGCACUGGAAGGGCAUGGGCAAGGAGGAGGCGCAGGCGCGACGCAACAUGUGGUACAGCUGUCUGAUGCUCGAAGUGACGCACGCCCACCGCCUCAACAUACCCUGCUCGAUCACCGGCGAGAGUUUCGACUCCGAGCUGCCCAACGACCACAGCGCGCUCGUCGGUCUCUUCACGCGCGCCUCGGAGAUGCAAGCAGCCCAGGCAGCCGCCACUGGAGUCGCUGCUCCGUCGUCACGCGAGCUGCUGCCGCCCAGCCGCAUGGCAUUCGACUUUCAUCUGGCGCGCUACAGUCUUGCCCGUCUCUUCGCCCAGCGUGGAGCUCAUCCUUCGCGCAACGACCUCGUCAGUGAAGGAGGCGCCGCUCGUAUUGCAGACGUGCUAGCCGAAUGGCGCGCGUCGCUGCCACCGGCCUUCGAGACUGUCCUGCAGCUCGACGAAGGCCCGCUGUGCGGAGCAGGCGCGCUCGACGAGGAAGACGACCCGUACUUCCUCGGCGGCAACGGACGCCUGUCGCCCGAGGACACGCGCGAGCGCAAGCGCAUCGCCUACUUCCAGCGCGUCAUGCUGCGCAUGCUGCACCUCCAGACUCGCAUGGCCAUCUAUCGCCCGCAAUUCGACGUCAGCGGCGCAUGGCGGCCUCCGGGCGAUGCACAGCGUGCCUUGAGAGAGUGCCUGGACAGCGCGCAACGCAUUGUGCACCUCGUCUCGAGUCUCUUCACGUCGAGCCCGCCGCCGCCGUUCCAGAUGUACCACGCCGCCUCGCACCAGCUCUUCCAGGCCGCCGUCAUCCUCAGCGUGCAAUCUGCGCUCUGUUCGCCGUCCGAGGCGUCCGGCGCACACUUCCGCAGUCUGGCACGACCCAUCAUCGACCGCGCCGUCCAUGCCUUCGACCUACUCUCCGGCAAAGCUCCGCUUCACAACGUCUGCGAGCAGGCAGCACGCUAUGCGAGCACGCUUCGAGAGAUGGACGCUGUGCAGCUCGCAAGGCAGGCUACAGCGGCGGCCGGCGGAGCGGAGGCGAAGACGGGAGAGGAGGAGAGCGCGGCUACGGCUGCAAACGCCUCGAACAGCAUGCAGCGUGCUACGCUCGGCAUCCUGAACGCGCAAGGCACGGCGGAGACGAGCACCGAGCUCAGUGCACAGGCCUACACCGCGCACGCUUCGCCUCCUUCUGCCUCUCCGUUGGGCGGAGCAUCGAGCAGCGCAACGCUCGGCGGUGUGCAGCUCAGCGAUGCCGUGCCGACCUCGUGGGCCGAGAGCAGUGGCUCAGGCGGCGCCCAGAGCUCGCAUCAGACGGCGCAGUCUGCGCUCGAGGCGGCACUCUUCGACGAUGCGUGGUGGCACAGCAUCGACGGCUCGUACUCGCAACGCUCCUUCUUCCCUUCCGGACCUUCUUCGGGACCGCGAGCUGUGGACGCCACCAUGGCAAGCCACGGCAACGCCCAAGCAGAUGGCAGCGCGCUUGGAGAGAGCGGCUACGGUGGCCCGAACCUCCCGCCGACGGGCCUCGAUCUGCUCGCGUCGCAGGUCGACCACGCACCGCGCGCAGCUGGCAACGCAGCGCCCACAAGCUGGCAGCAGGAGCAGGCCGAACGCCGUGCGGCACGCGGCGGAGGCGUGGCAAGCACGCUCGAUCCGGCCCUGCAGCAGGCGCCGUGGGAGGGCGGCGGCUCGGGCGCACCGCAGCGCGCCACCUGGGACACUGAGGCGCAGCCGCAGCCGCUCUUGCCGCCGCCUGCGGCGCCGGGCAACGGCAGCAACGGCAAUGGCAGUGGCGAGCCGGUCGGCGGCAACGGAGCAGAGGGCCUGGCGGCCUCGGCGCCGAGCGUGGCCUCGUUUGAGGGAUGGCAGGCCGCGUGGAAGGCAUGGGAGUCGUUCACUGAUCAUGUACUGCAGAGCGAGGGCUAGCUGCACCCCCGGGCGGGCGGCGAGGCCGUGGAGAUGAAAUAUCGCAUACCGUGUCACCUUGAGCUGAGCGAGAGACGCGCAAGGGCAACUAGAGAGACUGUGUAUUGAGAUCCGAGCAGCGGAUAUAGUAGCCGCAGCUUGCCUCGCGCCUGAGCGCUCCCCUCCCUCGCAGUGUCGCCCUCGUCGCUUACAGGCCCAUCUCCUUCUCCUGCAGCUUGGCAAUCGUCUGGCGCUGGAUGUUGCUCGUGCCCUCGUAGAUGGCUGCAGAGCGGGAGGAUCAGCAAGCAGCGCGCAGAAAGAGGGGGACUCCUCGACUCACCGCCGAUCUUCGAGUCGCGCCAGUACUUCUCGAUGCCCGUCUCGCGCGUGAAGCCCACGCCGCCAGCCCACUCGAUGGC